GUCUUAGUCAGAAUCAUAAUGGCUCCACCACAGCAGAAUAUGGCCGCAGUCUGCUACGGCCGGGACGACUUACGCUUGGUGGCUAUUCCGAUUCCUGAGCCAGCCUUCAACGAGGUUGUACUGGAGGUAGACACCUGUGGCAUCUGUGGAACAGAUGUUCAUUUCCUUAAGGAAGGUGGAUUCGGUGAUCAGAAGCUGAUUCGUCCACUGGUGCUUGGCCACGAGUCGGCUGGCGUAGUGCGCAAGGUAGGCAGUUCAGUGACCCAUCUGAAGGUGGGCGAUCGGGUAGCGAUCGAACCGGCGGCCGGCUGUCGAGUGUGUGACCUUUGCAAGGCGGGCAAGUACAACAUCUGCCUCAAUGGCAAGCACUGUCCGACGAAAAACCACGACGGAAACUGUUCGAAUUACUUUGCUCACUACGCGGACUGCUGCUUCAAGAUGCCAGAUCACAUGACUAUGGAAGAGGGUGCCCUGCUGGAACCACUGGCCGUCGGUGUGUACGCCGGUCGGCAAGCGGACAUCCGGCUCGGUAGCAGCGUCGUCAUAUUUGGGGCAGGGCCAAUCGGCUUGAUUUGUCUCAUCGUGGCCAAGGCAAUGGGGGCCACCAGAACGGUCGUUCUCGAUUUGGCAAAGGCAGCCAAACGGUUGGACAUGGCGAAGAAGCAUGGUGCCACGGCCACGAUUCCGAUCGCCGCCACCGACAAGGAAGAUGAUCUCGUGAAACGGAUCCACGAGGCACUCGGUGGGCCAGCGGACCGUGUGCUGGAGUGUAGUGGUUCCCAAUCGGGUAUGCGCGUGGCCAUUAAGGCAACCCGAAAUGCGGGCGUCGUGUGUCUGGUCGGUUUGGGUAACGAAGAAGUGCAACUACCAAUGGUGGACGCCAUUUCCCGUGAAAUCCAAAUCAUUACCGUCAUGCGGUACAACCACGACUAUCCUGCUGCGAUGGAAAUUGUGUCCAGCGGGUACGUUAACGUAAAGCCACUGGUGUCCCACCAUUUUGAUCUAAAAGACGUAAACGAGGCGUUCCGCGUGGCUGCAUCCGGGGAAGGUUUCAAAGUUAUGGUGCACCUUACGCCAAGGGACAGCAACAACGCCAAGAAGUUUAUUAAUUAAGUGUGACUUCUGCUUUUUUGGCUUGAAAAAACGAUAACGAUAUUCGAUUUCAAGCGAGGGUCUAUGGUAGACAGCCCCUUCAACGGUAGCUGAUAAAUA